AUGAUUAUCGAAGCUAUCAUCAUUUGGCCUACUGUGUCAUUCUCAACACCCAUCGGAUGCUAUGCCGAUUUUUAUCCCACUUCUCGAGCAAUGCCGGAUGCUGCAACUAAUUUAACUUCGAACACUCCUGACAGAUGUACAUCAUACUGUACGCCUUUGGGUCUGGCUUAUUCAGGAACUGAAAAUGGCAAUGAGUGUUAUUGUUCACAAGCAGCGCCUACUGUCGUUUCAAGCGCAUGUACAAUGACUUGUGCAGGCAGUUCAACAAAAAUUUGCGGAGGAGUAAAUGCUCUAUCCGUUGUUUACACUAGUAUCCCAAUUUUGCCAGCAACAAACAGUACAAAACGCGGUCUAUGUUGGUCAUGGAAUAAUAACGCAUCGACAUUUGCGUUGUUCUCACCAAGUAAUAUACCAUGGUUGUACAAUUGGGAGCUGUGGGAUCCACGACCAGCAGGCGUCUAUUCGGGAGCUGAAUAUGUACCAAUGUGUAGAACACAAGUAGACGCACCAAAUAUUCUUAGGUACUUAUCAAAAUGUAAUCAUACAAAACUUCUUGGAUUCAAUGAACCGGAUUUACCAGUAGCUAAAGGAGGCUAUUAUAUUUCACCUUACAAUGCUUCUGUCCUUUGGAAACAGUACAUUCAACCUAUGAAAAACUUAUGUAAAAUGGCAUUGGGGGCACCGGCAGUGACCAGCUCAACUACACCUGGAAUGGGUAUCGAUUGGCUUCAGCAAUUUUUUGGAAACUGUACAUCUCCUGAAUGCUCAUUUGAUUUUAUCCCACUACAUUGGUAUGGUAAAUCAUGGUCAAACUUCCAAAAGCAUCUUAGAAAAUUCCAUGAACUUUUUCCUACUUAUCCCUUGUGGAUUACUGAAUGGGAGUUUACUGGUUUUACAAGUUUAGUAACAGCUAAUCUUGAGAAACAAGCUUUACAAUGGCUUGACGCACAGAGUUAUGUGGUAAGAUAUGCUAUGUUUGCACCAAAGGAGGCUGCACGUAUGAAUGGGAAGCCAAACGGUGCAAUGGUUACAGACGAUCUUCGUGAACUUACCAAUGUUGGUAAAAUUUAUGCUGGACUAAUGUAA